CAUAUCAACAAUGCAUCAACUACUCAUUACAAUUACAAUUCCUAUCAUUAGCACUCUUUUCCAGUAUCAUCUCUACUUUCUAAACCAUCAUUUAACAAAACCAAAAUGAUGAAAAAGCAUUGUCUCUUUUCCUUCUCACUACCACUGCUAGUUUCAUUUUUGUAUUUCACCACCACUUUAGCCCAAUUAUCACCAGCUUCUGCCCCCCUCAAACCAUCACAACCUACACCUACCCCACCAGCUGAAGCUCCUAAACAACCAUUGGUUCCCUCAUUGCCACAGUCACCAAGUGAUUCCACUCCUGACACUUCAGCAGUUGACAUUGUUGGAAUCCUGAGGCAGGCCAAGUCAUUCAACAUUCUUAUCAGACUCAUGAAAACCACCCAAUUGAUCAACCAACUCAAUGCACAACUCCUCACUACUAAAUCAGGUGGCAUCACCAUUCUAGCACCUGAUGACAGUUCCUUCUCCGAACUCAAACCAGGCUUCCUCAACUCUCUUUCUGAUGGCCAAAAGCUCGAGCUCUUACAGUUCCAUGUUCUUUCAGAGUAUGUGUCUAGCUCCAACUUUGAUACUCUGACCAACCCUGUGAGAACACUUGCAGGGGAUAAACCUGGAAAGGUGGAACUGAAUGUGAUAAGUUACGGAGGGAGUGUGAACAUCUCAACAGGUGAGGUUAACACCACCAUCACUGGCAUUGUAUACACAGAUAAGCAUCUUGCUAUUUACAAGGUGAGGAAGGUUCUUCUUCCUAUGGACUUCUUUGUUGUUGCUAAGGCACCUGCAAAGGCACCCUCUCUGGCACCAGAAUCUUCGGCAAAGGCGCCUAAAGCAGAUAAAGAAAAGUCUCUGUCUCCAGAUUCCUCAGAAUCAUCUGAGAUUAAUUCCACCAACGGUACCUCUGGCACUGUGAAAAUCAGUCAUGGAAUGUGGUUGUCUCUUGUCCUUGGACCAAUUCUCCUUAUGAUAUUGCCAUCAUAAACCGAAAUUGGUUUCACUGAAUUUACCAACGUUCAAGCUAGUAUACAUUCGAUGUUCAAGAAUGAAUUGUGUUGCGUGAUUGCGAGAAAGGAGUGAAUAUUGUGAGUCCAGAGCGAAAUUCGAACAUUGUAGCGGUGAAUUAAUCAGAGUGACUGUUGUUUUCCUCUAUAAAUUAAUUCAAGUGUUGUGUUUUGACUUAUGGUA